CUGUGUUGUGUUUGUGGACGUGAAAACUCCUGGUGGAAGAAGGAGUUUGAAGAGGAGCCGCGGGACUGUCACGUCCCAGAUUUCUGACUGCUUUACAGCUUUAUUAUAGCGUAGACAACAGCUGUGGGCCAGGUUCUUGAACGCCGAUGCAAAAAAAAGAAAGAAAAAAAAAACUUUUGCGUGUUUUAAGGACAUUAACUGGAAUACUGUGCAGCGGUAAAUGAGCAAUUUGCAGGCGGGUCCAGUCGGGGGUGCUGCUCGGCAGGAAGUCCGCCGGUGUGACUGCGUGGAUAUUUGAAAACCAAACAGAUCUAAAAGACAGCCCUGAACCUGGAAGACAAAUAAAGACAGACGCUCCUCUUCCGUAGCCUGCGUGUUACACGGUGGAUUUCGUAACUUUUUCUCUGGAAAUGGUAGGCAGGUUGAACUUGCCAAAUGUAUGUGAAGGAGAGCCGCUGGAUAUGAGCUGCAGGGCUGACAGAGGACUCGACAGCCCGGACUCGGGUUUACCCCCGAGCCCCAGCUCUUGGCUGCUGCAGCCGCCUGUGUGUGCGGACAAAACCAGAGGUGUCAGCCCGCUGUCUGAGGACGAAGGUCGGGGUACCCUGUUUCCAGUUGUACCCUCUGGAGCCGUUCCACUGCUUCAGACAUUGUCUUUUGGGGAGGGCAUAUCCCUGGAUCCGUUACCACCGAAACAAAUGAGAUACACCGCGUCGGUGCAUUACAAUUCGGACCGCCACUUCAUCCAGAAGGUGGACCUGCAGCCGUCGGGCCGCGGCCUUGAAAGCUGCAGGCAGACUAUCGUGGCCGUGCCCCACAGCACCUGGCGCCACUACAAAACACAGCUGGAUUUCCAGCCUCGCCAGCAGCUGCAGCGCUUCGGGAGCACCACCAUCAUCUACCCGAAGAAAACGAGCGCCGUUUUCACCACGGAGCUGAGCUACGACUGCCACCGGCUGUCCAGACGUUUCCUCUCCAGCGUGGAGCUGGAGGCGGCUGGCCACAGGAAGCUACCUCAGUAAGGAUGGGGCCAGGUGGCAGGGAACCAGCAACGGUGAUCAUUCCCCAUGACCCUGUGUACGCCGUUUCCUCCGACGGCUGGCUGUCACUAACCUGCUGUGCUGUAUGUUUGCAGUUGUGUAGCUUUUAAUCCUUUUUUUUUAAAGAACGAUCUAAGCUGUGGACAGAGUGCAUUUGUGGUGUGAUGUUACUGAUUACAGAAGGUGCAUUUAGGUCCUCUUUGAACCGAUCUGUCCUUUGGGAGCGCAUAGUACAAUUUGUAACUUGUUACAGUACUUUUUCUUAAAAAAAUAGUUUUAUUGUUGCUCUUAGUUCUGGUUCUAACUUACAUGGAAAGAGAUGAGGUAAGUGCACGUCAGUGCUGGUUGUUAUUUGGAACUAAACUAGGAAUUAAAGCAGUGAGGCUUGUUUGGUUUCAUAGAAGUUCAUUGUAAGAGAAAAUGUUCUUCAAACAAAGGCUUUAAAGCAAGUGGUUUGUAGGAAGAGAGUGAGUGUGGGUGUGGUGUUUAAGGACAUGCUGAAAAAUCACAAACUUAUCUACAGAGGUGACUGGAAGGCUUAUCCGCAUUAUUAUUAUUAUUUUUGUAUUGGUUUCUGCACAAUAUGUCACUAGUUAAGCUCUUCCUCAGCCUUUUUCCCCCCCACCCUCCUCCCACUUUACAGCUGUGAUUUAUCAUGUAUUGUUGUACAUUUCACGUAUUUAAGGGAACAUCUCUGGCGAUCACAAAUUGUUUGCUGAAAAAAGGCUCGGAUCAAAAGCUGAGAGUUUUUUGAUCGAGACUGAGGUGUUCCCCGUAAAGGUUGAUUUUUAUCUUUCACUGGCUUAUGUCGGGAAUAACGAGCUGCAUUCCACUGCUAUCACUUCUUGGCUGGAUUGGAAUUUUUAUUUAUUCUGUCGAAGUUUUAGGAUGUAGUUUUUUUCAGCUAUGUAAUAAAGCUCAUGGAAAUAUUUGUGAGGCCCAGUGUGGCUUAUGGAUCUGUUGAUGCUUUUUUUUUUUUUUUACUUUUCCAGUGCCUGUUUGAAAUAAAGUAUUUGGUAUUUUAUCAA